UAACUGAUCUAACAUUCAUAACCCAACAACAAACAAUUAUAAUAAAUUAAAACAAAGGCAAAAGUUAAAAUUGAGCGGCCAAUUUUUUAUAAACUCUUCACAGAUGUCAAAUUCCAAUUUGGUAGAAGGUAGGAGAUAGAGCCAGUGAAGGACAAGAGAUGAAGAAGAAGAGCUCAGAAGAGAUCGAUUCAAGAACAUAUAUCUAUAAAAAUACAUAUUGAUAUUGUUUACUAAAUUAUCGUUGUAUAUACUCGUAACCCGUAAUACACAUUUUCUUUUAAGUUUCAAUGCGACAAAAAAUUCAAGUAUUCGGUACUUCAAUAUAUAAUAUUCAGCCGUGUCUAUUUUGUCGUUUGUCACGUUUGUAUGAAGCCGCCCAGAGUCUGAAAUACGUGUGGAUUUUUGAAAACAAGUAUAUCAAUUAUCGAUGUGAAAUAUGAAGAAGAGGAUGAUUAUAAAAAAAUAAAAAUCUUGACACGCUCGAUAAAUGUAUGAAUGAUCCAACGUUCGGACGUGUAUGAGUGCCUUUAUACUAUUUUGGCUUUUUCAUCUCCACACGUUAUACAACUUCGUAGCACGGUAAAAGUAGUGGUACAAGAAAAAGCAAAAGUGUGUGCAACAAAUUAUAACAAGAAGAGGAGGAAUGAAAAAAAAAGUGUCAUAGAGUAAUUGUGAUGAUCGAGAGCAAGUUCGAUUAUUGUGGCUAGCUAGUUAUGAAUUGCAAUGGAAAUAGACUCCGCGGAAUUAAUAAACGAAGUGUUACGAUGGAAAAUAAAUCUAUCGUCACCUAUGCCGGUGACAACAAACUUUUUGGUACUAUAGAAAAAAAGUUAGUACAAGCCAUACCUGCUGACACAUCUGAUUGGCAAAGAUCUUUCAGCAGGCCAUUGAAAAAAGUUAAAUUAUGUCCUUCAUUCGUUGCAUUUACCAAUGACGUUUUGCCAACGGAGAAGAAUUGGAAUUUUUUAAAACAGCCAAUACUUCACACUUAUUGGACAGAAUGUUCCGAUGUUGAUAUGUACAAAACAACUGUCAGGGAUGAUAUAGAUGGGUGGUUGAAAAUUCUCCACCAGCACAACAUUCAGGAUUGGAUGAUAGUCUUGGUAGAGACAUAUGAUAUUAAAAAAAGCAACAAAUUACUUCCCAGGACAACGGUUUUGGACAAAAUCCGGAGUGAUUUUGCAGCAAAAAGCGGAGAUCGGUGUCUGUCGGUGAUAAAUCCCAUUAAAUCCGAAUCUCGUUCAGCUGAAUCAUGGAGGGGUUUAAUAAAUCGCAUUCGCCACUUAAUGCUCAGUGCCUACGACAAAUCAUUAUCACGCUUUGUGGACAUUAUAAGGGAACAGAGAGAAAGGCGGAACCAGCACGGCUGGAAUUUCUGUCGAUAUUUUCUACUCCAGGAGGAACUCGCCUUUGCAUUAGAAAUGCUCGGCCUUUACGAUGAGGCAUUGGUUCAGUACGACGAAUUGGAUGCCUUGUUCACCCAAUUUGUUCUCAAUUCAAAUGUCGCAGAAACUCCAGCGUGGUUAACCGUAUUUCAAAGCCCACUUAACAAUUGGGCUGGUGUAAAUUUGAACAAUAACGUGGAUCAACGCUUGCGAGAAUUAUUGGCGGAGAGCAAAGCUUCUCUGCUCGAUUUAAGAAGCUAUUUAUUUAGUAGACAGAGUGCUAUGCUACUUUUAUUGAAUACGCCUUGGGAGGUUGCACAGAGAUGUUUAUCCUUUGUAUAUAAUACUUUAAGCGAGUUGAAAAUACUUGAAGUUCAAAGACCCGAGGGUGCUGUCGAGUGUUGGGCAUUUCUUUGCGCACUGGAAGUUCUUCAAGCCUGUCAACUCUCGGCGGCAAAGACGAAUAAUGGCCAACAGCUGGACUUGUGUUCGUUGCACACUGCUGGAUUGUGGGCUCUUGCUACACAUAAACUAGGAGAACUUGGUAAAUUGUGCGGACUCAUGCCGGGCAGUGAACCGUCGAGCGAGCAGUUGCACACGGUGGUGUAUUUGAUAGCGGGAAUGGGUGAUUCCGAGAUGCAAUCGGAAGGAAAAUUGACGCCAACGGACAAACUGAAAGGAGCACUUUCGUCGAAAGAGAUGUUCAAGAGGCAAUAUCUUGAGCACGCUGAAUUAGCGAUGGGUACUUAUAAGCAUGUAGGACGUAUACGAUCGGCACGUUUCAUCGGCAAAGAAUUGGCACGUUUUUACGGUGAUCUUGGCGAAAAUCAAAAGGCUGUGGUUUUCCUUACGGAUGCGUUGAAGACUUACUUGGAUGAAGGAUGGGACGAAUUGGCCACGCAAACACGCCUUGAAUUAGCUCAGUGCUAUAAAAGAAUGGACGAUGUCGAAAGAUAUACAAAAAUUUGUAGUGCUCUUGCUAGUUCCGAAGUACUUCACGCAACCGUACGAAACACUUAUUACGAGGAAAUGCUGGCUUAUAUGAAAAUGCUCUCAUUGCCUAGACCUUUGCUUACCACUCUCCAGCAUACCUUCACAAUACUCAGUCUCGAAGUCAACGUUAUGGACAAAGUUAUACAAGAUUGCGUAGUUAGCAUAGACGUUAGUAUAAAAUCGUUACUACCACGAACUAUACGAUGUACCAGGGCCGCCAUAUCUACUGAAGAAAUACCGAGACCAGCUCAAACCAAUAAACGAAGAGGGGUCAAGCCACCUGCUGAAUCUUCUGUUAAUUUAAUAUCAAAGUGCACAUUCGACGAUAUAAAAUCGGUCGAUCGGAGCUUAAUGCAACUACCAGCGUUCUCAUACUUCGAUUACAACGAGGACAAGAGUUUGGCUUCAGUGGGUACAGUGAUAAAAAAUCAGAAGCCUAUUGUAAGGAGAUCGGACAGCGCGAAACACAGAAAAUCAUCGGUCUUUACAGAGGGUGAUUUUAGUAACGCACUUACCUGUAACAAUUUCGAUUUGAAUCCAGGCAUAAAUAAUUUCACUGUUUCGCAACACGUAGACCAACCGGGCCUGUAUAAAAUCGGUCAAUUGUCGCUAGUAGUUGAGGAAAAGUUGGAAUUUUUAUCAGGCAUUUUAAAUCCUCGUCUGUGCUACGAAGUUGUAAAAACUCAACCUACCAUAGCCGUGAAUAGUCGGGAUUUACUGGCGGGCUUGGUACAAUCCGUAGAAUUAGUGAUAUCAAGUGGUAGCGUUAAUAUAACGAAUGAUGCGAGGGUGAAAGUAUGGCCUUCGAGAGGCUUGUCUUUGCUCACUGACGAAGAUCGUUCAGUUACCGAGUUGGAGAUUAAAUUAUCGGCUUGUGAACCUUUUGACGUAACUACAGCGCGUUUCAAAGUUUUGGCUGAGCUACCACCAAAGAAGGAUGCCUCGUCCAUGGAACAUAAGUUGAAUGUCCAGUGUCCAUGGGGAGCUGAGGAAAAUCUCUCGUUGCAUUUCGGCCCUCCCUUUAUGUCGGGAAUGCAUCUGCAUACAGCGAAACGAAGAAAAUUUUUACAAAUCGUAGUGACUGGUUUGACCUCGCAACUGAUCCAAUUGAGCGAGCCGGAGCUAACGACGAGUACACUAGUGGAGGUUGCGUUCAAAGACCUUAAUCCAAAGGCUGGACAGAGACUCGUCGUUGGUAACGGGCUACAGGUCUUCUUCAUGUGGGAACUCGAUAUUGGAAAGGAUGAAAAAAUCUUGCCGACGAUCAAAACUGAUUUUCGUGUCAAAUAUUGCCCGAUUGAAAGUACCGAGGACGUGGGUGUCGCAGAUGAAAAUGACGAUCCUCUGCACAUUGCACGACUCGCGAGGCUGGAGAAGUUGACUCGUACUUAUCGUUGUAACUUUGAUAUUACGGAUUACGUGACGAUGUUUACGGUCUCAUCGAAGGUAGAGGCAAGCGGGCCAGGCGGAGAGUUUUGCCGAGCCGGUAGCAUGUGCCAUCUGCAUUUGACCGUCACUCGCAUGAUUCCAUGCCCUAAUCCAAGCCUUCCACCACAGCUCAUGUACGAAGUACUCGCUGAUCAGUCAAUGUGGGCCGUUUGUGGAAGAACUGCCGGUAUUAUAUCCCUCGAGACACUCGAGAAACAGAGCGUUACGUUAGACGUCAUGCCAUUAACCAGCGGGUACUUGCCACUCCCAGUCGUUAGGUUAUCUCGAUAUGUACCUGCUGUUGAGUGUAAAUCCGACCUUUAUCGAAAUAAUGACGUAGCCUCGGGCCCAAGGCUCGAACCAUUCAGUCCUGGCCAAGUUUACAACGCAAGCAAAGCUCAACAAGUCCAUGUCCUUCCAACUGCACCGACGGAAUCCAACUAACAGUCCUUCAAUCAGGAAGACACAACCGAACUUUAAGUGAAUCUCGUAAACUCCUUUUUUGAGGUUAUAUUGACACUGUCAAAAAAAAAACAAAUUCGUUGCAUACCAAUGGUGCGAGUUUCAAAAUCUACAACAAUACGCUCAACCCGUUACACGAUCGAGUUUAAUCAAUAAAAAAUAAAGUUCAUCUAUCCUUUGAUAAAGGCGUUUCGGUUGUUCAAUCCGCAGAAACACAAUUGUGCCAUUCGAGUUGUUGAAAAAAAAAAUUCAUUAGAAAAUGGAUUCAUGUAUUAUCCAUAGAUUCGUCAACCAAAAACAUCCAUUUGUAUUUAUAAUAUUUUCCUACGUUAACAAAACGUUCAAACAUGAUUAUUUUAAAACAGAGUUCUGAAUAUUUCAGCUCCAAGGCGAUAACAUUCGUCCUGUCCGCUGGCACGAUAUAGAAAUUUUAUAUAACAUGUAAAUGAAUAACGAGUUAUAGACAAUACUUAAGGUGAAAUGCAGAAAAAGGUUCUCAUACCGAAGCUAGCCAUGUAGCUGUACCAUUACAUAUUCUUCUUACGAUUGAGCCUCUCUUGUCUCAAAUGUAAAUAGCAUCGACACUGAAAUACUCGAUAGAUUAUCAUGUAUGUAUAUUAUUGCUUAGUAAUGGAUUUGGUAAGGUUUAUAGUAUUCACUGUAACCAAUGAACGAUAAUUAUUUGUCAAUAUCAAUGGAAACAUUUAAUCUUUGCGGAGAAAUGAAAAUGUCCCUUUUUAUUUCAAAGUUACUUUAUUUUCGAAAUUUCCACCUCGUUAUUUUAAUACAUUUUAUAAGUGGGUAUGCAACAGAUGGCCAGAAAAGUCAGCUUUAUUUCACAAGAGUAAUGCUGCAAACAAUGUACGUAGUACUGCCGAAAUUAAUUUUACGUUGCAUGCCAACGCAGCGUAGCUCAGUAACGCAUCGCUGUAUUGGAUCCAUCGAUGCUUCGAGAAGGUUAAUUAUUUUUCAACAUAUUCCACUAAAUCAGGUGAUGUUUGAAUAAAUAUUAUAUUUUUCGUUAAUUAUGAGAAUUGCCGAUAUAAACGAUCGACAGAUAUGUUAGCAAUGGAGUCACAAUAUAUUUUUUGUUAUUGUAUAUAAUAUCUAGUAAAUUAUUUUUUUAAAUGUCUUGUCCAGUUAUUCAACUACUUGUGGUAGACCAAAGAUUUAUCACCCUGUCGCAAGGAAACAUGCUUUUUCCCUUUCGACAUUCAACAGAAAAAAAAUUAAAAAACAGUCGAUGCACAAGCAUGAAGACCCUUCAAAUUAUUUCGUAUUUGGAAUUGUAAAAUUUCGUGUUUCAUAUAUGAGAAAGUAUUUUGCAAUAGCCAGAAAGGAAUCCUUUCUUUCAUGGUAGCUGCGCAUCACCAAGAAAUGAGGUAAUCAAAAGAUGAGAGUCCCUUUGUGAAGUGUUCAUUACAAGAUAUAGACGAUCAAUCUUUCUACGUUUCCAAAGUACAAACAACCGUUUAUUGUAAUAUAAUAAAAGAAAAAAAAACUGCUGAGAUGUAUGUAAAUUGACAAAUCGCCUCGCUAUUUGAGUUCCUGUAAGGCGGGUUGAAUGACGGGCGAAUGAAAUAUUAUCUAUAUUCACAUUCUUUUAUAAAAUUGCAAAAACCAUUGUAAUAAUUGUAAUGAAAAGUUGAGACAUGACAUUUAUUUACCCCAAACCAUGGUUUCGGGUGGUCAAAAACUGAAGCGACCAAUUAAGCAGAUGGCUUGCCAAAUACUUCGUCCGAUUUUUCCUUUGUCCGAAAGAAAAAAAUAUUAUUUAAAAUCCAUUAACCUGAAAUAUCCUCCAGUAAAGUGUAUUCAUUGAGAUAUAGAAAUCUGAAUAAAACUGGAUUGGUGGAUUCGUUUAAUUUUGAAA